AUGAAGGACAGCAGGUUUGCAAAGAUCCAAUUCACUCCGUCUAUAGUCAAGCUAUUGCCGUAUGAUAACCAAAUAGCGGUGGCUUAUAAGGAAAAGGUGUCUGUACACGAUUGGAAUCGUGGGACCGCCUAUUCAUUUACACCUCAAUCAUUGGUCAUGUCUUCUGGGACAUUGGGUGGUGUAAGCAGCAGUAGCGGUAAUAAUUCUUUCAACGACAGUCUCAGUCAGUUGGCACGCGUGACAGCAUUGGAAUUUGUCAAUGCUCACUAUUUUCCACUCGUGCUGGAGCCUGUUUCCGAGAAAGGUGACACUCGUUUGAUAACUGCCUGGCAAGGCUUGUUCGUGUGUAGUAAGAGCAAUAAGGAUCCUACUGGAAUCGUGACAACCUGGCAUCAAAAGUCGCAGCAUUUAUGCAUAGGAGGCAAUAAUCGUUUCAUGCGAAUUUGGGACAUUGAAUCAGAAAUGCGUUUUUACGAUAUACCCCCUGGCUCGGAGUCGUCUGUAAGAGUUUUAUCCUCAUCGCCCAAUGAGACAAUGGCAGCUGGUUUUAGCGAUGGCAGCAUACGAUUGUUCGAUAAACGAUGCUCCAAACAAUCGGCACGUGUCAUGACUUAUCGGGAACAUCAAGCACCAAUUUUAGCCGCUUGCUUGAGGGAGAGUUUAGUUUCUGGAUGGUAUCGAAAUGUACCCAUUCCAUUCGAAGGAACUCUAACUCUAACUCUACUAUCCUAA